AUGGAAGUGGACGGCCGGAGUUCAUCUCUCGACAGUUUGUCCAGCGCACCUCCAAGUGACGCCGAAGGCACUCCAGGACCCCCAUAUUAUCUCUCAUCUCAUCGGAACACGAGCACAGCGACUGACCUGGGUGUUGCGAACAAUCACGAUGCUCGACAACCACAUGCCGAUCCAGGUGUGGCUUUAUCAGCCACAUCUGGAGGUGCACGCCAAGAUCCGCAGCCGGUGAAGCGGCCCCGGAAGCCGCGCGCACCAAAAGAUCCCAACGCGCCUCCCGUGGAGAAGAAGCCUCGAGUCGCUCGCAGACCCCGAACUACCAUAAAUAAUCCUACAUCACGCAAGCGGACCAAAGUAGAGCCGACAGAAGAAGACAGCACUAUUGUCAUUCCAGGUCCUCCAACUUCCGGCCUGCAGUCAUCUACUUUGGUUCAACCAGUUUCUUUCGCGCAACAACCUCCUGUGGAAAGCCGCAGAAAUGAGGCUGCCAAGACUUCCGAACCGGGCUUCUCGAUACAAGACAGGCCGAUGCACCCUUACACAUCCCCUCAAACCAUGUAUGAACAGAAACCAAACGUAUUGGCUCCCCCUCCACCACAAUCCUCCACGCCUCGUUCGAAAGCAAUGUACGAUCCUAUCAGAGGGUUCACGCAUCGACCUCUGGAUACAAACCCACCUCCUCCUAUGGCACAACCUGUUAUGACUCCUCCCAGGCCCACAUACAAUCCAAGCACUUCACCAGCUAUCUCUAGCAUCAUUGACUACCCUCCACAGGCGCAGUAUUCGAAUACUACUACGCUGGUCACCCAUCCCUCGAGAGCUGAGCCACCAUCCACCCAUACAAAUGGCAGAACUGUCGAUCUACCAAGAGCAGCCGAAACAUCUGCGAUGGACAUUGAUCUUGCUGAAAAAGAACAAGCGCAGCCUAAAAAGGCCGCCGCCUCUCGAAAAACACCCUCGGAAGCCUCCACCCGAGCCACAUCCCCCAAGCCUGCACGAGCCAAGGAGCAGCCUCCUCCGCCUCCCAUGGGUUCGGGACUGCUAUCAGCCAGUCUGUUCGGUGGGGAUUCAAGCAAUGGUAUCGCUCCAAAGGACUCUGAGAAGGGACCGAAUAUCGUGCUGCAUGUCGAUCUGAAAGACCCAAAUAAUCGAGUCAUCAACUUCGCCCGAAUGGCCGAGGAGAAAUAUGGAUUUGCUGCCCUUUACCCUCGCCAAGCCGCUCAGAAGGAGCGACUGGCCAAGAUUGCCGCUGCUGGUGCUGCGCUAGAACGCUCAGCAUCAGGCAGCAAAUUGGGCGGAACCUCAGCUGAGAGUGGUGACGAAGACCUAAGCGUUGAUAUCGAUCGCGACUCGGAGAACGAGGGAGAUGUUGCAAUGUCUGGCGUCAAUGGCCGGCUGGAGGCGGGCAACAGUGGAACUGAUGGUCCUGGUCCUAAACCUCAACGAAGGCGAAAGGUCGAAGAGUACGAUGUCGACGACGACUUCGUCGAUGAUAGUGAGCUACUCUGGGAGGCACACGCCGCUGCAAGUAAAGAUGGAUUCUUUGUAUAUUGUGGUCCGCUCGUUCCGGAAGGAGAGAAACCCGCAGUUGAAAGAGCCGACGGGACGAUCAAACGUGGCCGCGGCCGAGGUCGUGGUGGCGGUCCUGGUUCUCGUGGUGGACGUGGAGGCGCUGCUGCUUCUGAAGGUGGCACCAGACGUGGUGGCGGUCCUGGAUCCCGAGGCGGUGGGACAACUCGGAAGCCUCGCAUCACGAAAGACGAGAGAGCCCAGAUGGAGAAAGAAAAGCUACAACGGGAGAAGAUGGCUUCACUGAUAGCCAAGCCAUCCGCAUAUCCCGCCUGA